AUGGGCGAACGAAUUCGCCUCUUCUCAACAGCCUCGUUCGUCUCACCUGCCACCACAUCGACGACGAGAUGUAGUGAGCCGACAGAAGGGGGCGGAGCUUCGUGUGGUGGAAGAGCAGCGAUGACAGUAACAACGAGUGGGGGUGGAACAACGGUUAUCGGACUGGCAAAGUCACAUUCUUUGAAUAGUUUCGACGAUUCGACUGCGCCUGUCUUCGUCUCAACAACAACGACGCGGUGUCAAUCGGGUAGAAAAAGUCAUCAUUUCAACCAUCUGAGAAAUAAUUCCGGUGUAGGGACGACAGAAGAAAAUCGAAAUUACGAGAAGAAAAAGUCGAGGAUAGACGCAAUCGGGUCACUUUUAUCAUUGCCUAGCCACGACGAGGCGAUGAGUAAUGCAGGAAUGGACGCGAUGGAUUUGGAAAAAGGACUUGAAAAGGACGUCUCACAGCUGGGAAUCCUUUGUCAUCACUGCUCGACAACUGAUUUAACGUGUCCCAAAACGCAGAAGGAACUACCAUCUCCAUCUGCUUCAUCCGUCUACUCAUUGGCACGUUCCGAUAUGUCGAAUGAGCCGUUGUGUAGGAUUUGUCAUUGUUGUUGGCCACCAGAUUCCAACGAUCCACUGAUUUCGCCGUGUAGAUGUUCGGGUUCACUGCAGUAUGUACAUGUUUCAUGUCUGAUGCACUGGCUCGACAUCUCUUCUCGUAAACUGCACCGACCAGCCAUCUGUGAACUGUGUCUCUACAAAUACAGAAGACGUCGAGUGUUAAAGUACCGUGAAAUGAAGCUUCCACAAUGUGCUCAAGCGGAUAUUCGAUUCUAUACACUCUUUGUUAUUGCAAUUGUUCUCAUGAUCCUUUCUGCAUUUGCCACUGUCGUUUGUUUUCAAUUGGAAAAGAGUUACGGGUUACAAGGAGAGAUUAGGAAUCGAACCCUAUCCCCAAUGAAUGUGGAAGGUGUGGCGAGUGAUCUGACGCCUGCAGCUCCUCCUCCUCCAGCUCAAUUAUCUCAAGUAGCUCCGAAUACAGAUGAAACGACGACGUCAAGUGUGGUGUUAGGUGCCAGAAAACGAAUCGGUGAUAUAACAGUAAGUGCCUCUUCAAAAGACGAGUAUAAUCGGCGUGACGAAGCCGAAAAUGUGUUAUCGACGGUGACAUUGAUUGCCGCAAUGGUCUUCUUCCUUAGCUUUUUCCUCGCCAUGUAUGCUCAUGUUAAGUCGGGUCUAUCGUUUUGCGGAUAUUUGACACUAUGCUGGAGUUCGAAUCUUGAAUGGUCAAUUGAAGAAUAUAAACACUCGAGAGACACACAAUAUCUCAAUAAACUCGAGGAGUUACGGAGGAAAAUUAAUGAAAAACAGAAGAAAGCCGCCGAUGAAGUGGAACCACUCCGAAGUUCUGUGAUUGUUCUUGAAUAG